GUCAUCAUUGUUCAGUUUCUUCUUGACUCUGUGAGAGUGAGCGAGUGAGUCUGUGAGCGUUUUUGCUGAAGGUACAAGAAGAAGAAGGGUGGGUUUUGAUUUGAUUGAUGGAUUGUUCUUUCAGUUGGAUGGUGGAUCCGACUCCGAACCCGGAUCCGAAUUCGACUCCGUUCAGACAAAGCAAACGGGUCCGGUCCAAGAAACAAGUGGAGUUUACCGGGUGGGGCUCCAGGCGGCUCUUUGAGUUUCUGGAAUCGAUUGGCAGAGACACCAGCAACCCAAUCUCGCAAUACGACGUCGCCUCCAUCAUCGCCGACUACGUCAAUCAACACAAGCUUCAGCACCCCACCAAGAAGAAGAGAAUCGUCUGCGACGACACCCUCCACUCGCUCUUCGGCCGCAAAACCAUUGGCCGAGUCAAAAUCUACGACUUGCUCCACCAACAUUUCGCCGAAAAUCAACAAGACGACUCAACCGACGACGGCGAAAACGAUGAUGACGACGAAAACCCCUUUUCCAAUUACUUCUUAGGCUCAGCAGACGACAACAUUUCUCAAUCGCAAUCUCGACAGCGGAAGCAGAAAAACCCCAAGAGAUUCGAUUCUGCUUGUCCUCCAAAAAGCAAAAGCUGUUUUGCUGCCGUCAUCCCCGAGAACAUAAAGCUGGUGUAUUUGCGGAGGUCUUUGGUGGAGCAUCUUCUUCUUCUUCACAAUCAGCAGGAGCAGCAGCAGCCACAAAAUCAAGCGUUGUUUGAGGAGGCUAAAGUUGUGGGAAGCCUUGUCAGAAUCAAGGCCGACCCGAAUGACAUCUCGCAGACGAACUCUCACCAGCUUCUCCAAGUUACAGGUCUUGUUCAUGAUGAUAAUGUCAGCAGCAGCAGCAACAGAGGAGUUCUUCUUCAGCUUUCCGGCCUCGCCCUCCCAAAACAAGUCCAAAUUUCCGAGCUGUCCGAUGAUAACUUCUCCCCGGAAGAAUGUGAGGAUUUGUGUCAAAGAAUAAAAGAUGGGUUGCUCAAGAGUCUUACAGUGGUGGAGCUUCAACAAAAGGUCCAGAUGUUGCACGAGGAUAUAACAAAGCAUUGGCUCGUGAGAGAACUUGCUUUGUUACAGAAACUAAUUGAUCGAGCCAAUGAAAAGGGAUGGCGUCGAGAGCUGUUUGAGUACUUGGAGAGAAGGCAAUUGCUUCAGACUCCAGAUGAACAGGCAAGAUUGUUGCGUGAGGUUCCGAAAGUCAUUGCAGAUGAAAUAGAGCUAGAAGGUGCACCGAAGGAUGCUCCAGAUGAAGUACAAGAAGGGAACCACAGUUCACCAACAGAUAUCCAAAGGGUUGCUUCAGAAGCUCCUAUUUGUGAUAUGCCAGCUCCUACUUGUGAUGUACCAGCAGAAGAAGCUCUAUUAACUCGGACCUCAGGUGGCGUAGAUUCUGAAGCAGCAAGCAAUCAUGAUGCUUCUUGGCAAGAAUGGCGGGAACAACCGACAGAGUCCGUAAACAGUAGCAAUGGUGAGAAAAAGCAUGGAAUUAUCGACACUAAGGGAUUUCAGAAACUGGUGGAUAAGCUGGUAAUGACAUCUCAGGUAAUUGAUUUAAGUAAUGAUGAGGAAAAUGAAGAAAGAUAUGACGUAAAGGAGAUUCCUGGUGACCAGCUGGGGAGCUUGAUAUGGCAUUAUUUAGAUCCCCAGGGAAACAUACAGGGUCCCUUUUCAAUUGAUUCCUUAAAGUCAUGGAGCGAUGCUGAAUACUUUCCUCCAGAUUUCAAAAUUUGGAAGGCAGGUCAGAGCCUAAAUCAAGCUGUAUUAUUGAAAUGCAUUCUUCAGCAGACUUAUCCGAAUAAAGUUUCAAAAGAUUAGAUUUUGGUUAGUCAUUAGUUCAGGGUUCAUCUGUCAUUAUCCGAAUAAAAUUUCCAUGCAGGGAUAUGACAAUCUUGGCUGUCGUGGUGAUGAAUUUUAAUGCUUAGAGCUUGCUUUGCUGAAAUUCUUGAAAUUUCAGAUAAUUUGAUUUGUGCUGGUAAUUGAAUAUGCAAUGCUAAUUUAUACUACGGGUUUUGAAAUGA